AGUAAUAUGCUGAUGUGAUGUUAUAUGGGCAGUUCUACUCGGAAAGAUGCCGGAUCUUCCUUAAGAGCCAACAACAGUGAUGAUCGUAUUGAUGAAAUGUCUGGGCUUUACUCAGCUCUACACGACUUUCAGUGCAACCAGCAACAUUGCCUCUCUUUCAAGAAGGACCAAAUAGUUGAGGUCACCAAAGCGAGUUCAAGUGCCAAUUGGCACCGAGGCAGAAUACAUGGAAAAGCUGGCUUUCUGCCAGCUAACGGUUACCUCGUAAAAGUUGACCUAGACAGCUGUGCAAGAGUAGUAGUGAGACAAGAUUUCGAGGGAGCAACUUCGGGCCAACUCAAAAUAUACGAGGGACAGGUUGUAUCGGUCAUAGCAAAGAACGAUGUCCAAUGGUGGACAGUGCGGUCGGACUCCGGAAAGUGGGGUCAAGUUCCUGCUAAAUUCCUCAAGAUAAUGAACGGAUCAACUGAAGGAGAGGUCACUGUCCAUACUCCCAUAGAAUCACCUGAUAUCGUUAUUAGUCGAGAUAUGCCCCCGCUCUCCAGGACACAAAGUCACCAGACUCCACUCGUCAAAGCAGACAUCAGCUCCAUCCCUCGUGCAUCCACCAUUGACCGCACUUCAGGUAACAAACUAUUCGAUGAUGACGUCACCAAACAAUCCUGUGACGUCACCACAAAUCAAGCUGAUCUUACUAGUACUGAUUGUUGUGAAGCUGCAGCUGGGGGUUAUGAUUCGACUGAUUAUGCUGUGCAGUUUUCAGAGCUACCAUUUGACCAGCAGCAAACAAUUGUGUGUGAAGCACUUAACAAACUCUCAGCACAGGAAUUGUCACAAUUUGUCAGGGAAGAUUACAGCUUAGUUUACCUUUUAAAUCCCGAACAAAGCCCCAAUAAAAGUGGCAAACUGGUUGAAAGACCUGAGCCAGUGAUUUUAUAUGAUUCAAUCCGACAGUCCACACCGCAUAAAACACGCCGGUCCAAGCCUUCGUCCAGAUACAGAUCAAGAAAACAGCAGCGGAGUAUCAGAGCCGCCAGAUACGACUUUAAAACGGGUAAAAUAGUGGACGUCUCCCUCACCAGCUCUGUUGGUUCCACAGAGACAUCCACACAACUAGACAGUUACACGUGCACCAACUCUUUGUCUGCCGCUCAGAACAUGUCCGUCCUACACGAAGGAGAUCAUGAUGACAAUGUGUUCUACGAGGGGGCAGAUACUACUUACCAAGAGGUCCAGCGACAUCGUCGGGCUCCCACAGAUGCACAUCAGUUCUUCAGGACAGUCUUCGCUUCUCCGAUAUCUAAGAGAGUUGACCGGGAGCCUAAGUUUAAGGUAGCGGAGACGAGCACUACUGAUCUUACCUUUACGUGCUCCUCAUGUUCCUGUGUUAAGUGUCCUGAUGGAGGCAUCUACUCUACUGGUCUUACUGGUCCUACUGGGAAUUCUGGGAGAUCUGUUGAAGUUGAAGUGAUUAAGAAUCUGCCGGUGUAUCAAGAAAUCAGCAAAUCUGUCGGUUUGUCCAGUGAACAGUUGAGCGUUUUCAAUCCGUUCGAGCUCUCAAAAAGUCCUUACAGUCGACCGCUUAAAGCUCGCCGAUCACAACUUCCAGCGACCCAGACUAGUGGAAUAAAGCCGGGUUCAGAAAAAGCCAACAAUAGCUUCGGAGGAAGUACCCAGACAGCUCUUAUUAUUGACAGUUCUAAAGAGAACAUUCCGCCCUCUAAAGGUAUUCUGCAUGACACAGAGGCAUUUAACCGGCAAGUGGACCAGUUUCUUAAUGAACUAGACGAUAUCAGAUUCAGUAAAAUGUUCCUGGACGAUGAGGACAACUUGCUGAUCCCCAGCUCGGGAGACAGAAAGGACUUGGUUCCUGCUUCCCCUGAUCAGAUUAGAGCAAGGCUGUUUCAAAUUGAUAGGACGUUGGAUCGCAAAGGAGGAGGCUCCAAAGGACCGUCCCUAAUGCAGAAAGGCAAAAAAGCGGAGUGUGUCAGAAUAUCGAGUAGCCUUGUGGAAGGUGUACGGAGGAAUGGAGUCAAGUACCAGACUAGUAAGAAUAUAGUACAGACAGUGUUAGAAAGACUAAGUGAGGAGUACCCAGAUUGGGAUGAAAAGCUAGCAGGAUUGUGUAGAGCUCUUAAUCAGGAGGCAGAUCUCCAGAGCAACAGUGUGGAUAGUUUGAAAUUGGAGCAGCUUUUCGAACAACUGAUCGCUCUGACGGAGGAUGAUCAACAGCGAGGUUGGAGCUGUAAAGAUGACACUGAGGAAAUCAGUACAAUGUUAACUGACCUACUGGGACUGCUAACUAACGCUAACCCUAAAGUGGUAAUACAAGUGCUACAGUCUGUGAAAUAUGAGCCUCUGCUUACUCUUGUGGAGUACUAUCAACUGGAGACACGAAAGCCGCUGAAGAAGCAAGCACUGCAGGUUCUACACGAAAGUAUGUUAAUACAACCUGAUCCUAUCUGCUCUAUCCUUCUAACCUCCCGGCUUCCUGUACAACUUGCCUCUGAUAUCCAGGCGAACAAAGUCAUGAGCUUACUGGAGCAGCAGUGUAAUGUGUUCUGUGCUUGUCUCUCGUACCCAAACGCAAUGCCGCGCAAUCACUACGAUCAACUAGACGAAGUGUUUAUAUCGUAUCUGAUGACUGCUAUUGAAGCUGAAGAGAGUCCCUACGAUCCAGAGAACCUGAUACCGGUCAUGUUCCUGAAGUGCGUUCUGUCUCUCAAUCUCCACUACACAGAUUUACGCAAUAACAAAGUUUGUAACGUUUUGAAGAGCCGAGCUCACGCGACUGUACUUUCAGAGACUUUACUAGUUUCUUUCAACAGGGCAGAAAACCUGACGGGAUACUUCCCCGAAUCAAAGGACGGAGUCAGGAAGAUAAUGUUAGACUUGUUCAGUAGUCCUGAUACAGGAGAGCUGUUCUUUACGAACGAUGUCAAAGUGCUCAUAGAGGUCCUUCAUCGGAAUGUUAUUGACAGAGGAGAGGGCGAUCCUGACCGAGUGUAUUACAUGCAGCUCCUAGAUCGGGUUAUUUCAAAUACGGAGUAUGAGGAUCACUCUCAUUAUAAAUACGAGAUUUUACAGGUCUUACAACAGGUUCAGGACGAGGAAAGUACAGACAAGGAAUCGAAGUCUGAAGCUUGGAAAAUAUUAAAGAAACACGCUAUUCUGUCCACGUGACAAUAAGUGUGACGUCAUUGCUUACUCACGUGACGUCAUCUCUAUCUCUCAGUCUCUGUCUCAUAUCAGUAUCACCUCUUAGCGUGAUCAACUAUUCAAGCUACAAGGCAGACCUUUUCAAGUUUAUGGACUGUUACUAUGCCGUUUUAAGAAAUGUUUUCUGGGAAUGAACAGUUAAAAAAGAAAUGAGUUUGUAAUUACUGUUGUAAAAAUGUUUUUAAAGUGUUUUUUGUUUAUAAUUAGUAAACUUAAUCAUGACGGGGGCAUCAUAUUAUGUUUGUGUUUUAUUGAUUAUUACGUCCGAUGGACAGAGCUUUUCAUAAACUUUAACUUUUGUUAAACUU